ACGCCGACAUCCUUCUUGCCAAUGACCAGUCCAUCAGCAGGUCUCAUGCGUCCCUCAGAGCUACUGACCAGACUGUGACUUUAAAAGACACCUCCAAGUACGGAACCUUUGUCAAUGGUCAGCGUAUGACAGAGAACACAGCAGUCGGCCUAAAGUCAGGAGACCAAGUGACUUUUGGAGCCUUCAACAGCAAAUUCAGUUUGGUCUUUCUGAAGCCAGUUGUCUGUUCAUCGUGUUUGGACAAUGGUGACAAGGCAUCCUUGUCGAGUGCUCUGCAGUCUUUGGGAGGGAAGCUGGUGAACUCCUGGACUCAGGACUGCACCCACCUGGUCAUGAAUACAGUUAAAGUCACCAUCAAGACCAUCUCUGCGCUCCUGUGCGGCCGUCCCAUUGUGAGGCCAGAGUUCUUCUCGGAGCUAAACAAGGCCGUGCAGAAGAAGCUGCCACUUCCUGGAGCAGAAGGCUUCAUCCCUGACAUUGAUGAGCCCAGCUUGAACAAAGAUGAAGUCAACCUCACGGUGCUUCCAGUUCGCCGACAGCUUUUCGCUGACAAGACCUUCGUUUUCCUCAGUGCCAAACAGCUGAAGCGUCUGAGCACAGCUGUGGGUUUUGGCCGAGGUCAGAGCCGGUUGCUGGAGGAAGGCUCUCUGCCCCGGGACCUGCUGGAGUCGCCACAAAGUUGUGUGGUUGAUGCCACAACAGGAAGUGCCCAAACUCUGACUUCCUCCGCCGCCAAGUGGGCAGCCUCUGUGAAGAACAUCGUUCAGAGAAAAGGCCUCAGAGUCAUCACAGAGUCUGAAAUUGGAUUGGCGGCCAUCUUUGCCUCCUGUGACAAAUACUGUAAUCCAAGCAGUCGGACCCCAGAGUCAGAGGCAGCACUGCCCCUGGUGGCCAGACUCCCAGGUGCUUCACUGUCUCAGACCGUGGCGGUGGAUGAGACCGUUUUACCAGCAGCAUCACAAAAUGUCACGGUCUACGCUGUGAACACAGAGCAGCCUGAAGGGUUGGACGACUGUAACGCUCCUGAAGUGACAGCAGUAGGAGAAACGCCCGAAAAGAAGCAAAAGCAGGACAUGAAUGUGUUCGGUGCACCCAGAGUCGUGUCUGACAGGCUUCCAUCUCCGCCUGUCGUGCCUGACACGCUGAGCGUCCCGUCUGUGGACAACACAGAGUCACAGAAGAAGAAGUCGCUGUCCAGACUCGGAGGAAAGGACAGUCAUGUUAAAUCCUCUUCGUCUUCAUCCUCCUAUAAUGUGGACGUUUGGAUGAAGACAUCUGCACCGAAAUCAUCUCCACAAAAAACUCCAGCACAAAUCUCUCCUCAGAAACAGACGACACUGACCAACUUCUUUCAGAGAGCCAGUAAAAAAAGGCCUCUCGACGAUGAGUUCUCCACAGUGAUGUCAGAGCCAAAACGACCUGUUCUGGAAUCUUCCAUCAGGGAGAGACAAGAGCCAGGAACUUCACACACAGCUAGAGGAACACACUCCACGUCCAGAAUCUUCUCUCCAGCUGUGUCUCAGUCCUCACUGGGGACAGAAGCUGAUUUGUUCACAAGACGUUCACGUUCUCCAGAGCGUAUCGUUCAAGAGGAGUCACGGAGCAGAAAGAGGAAGGAGAUGGAGGAACAGAUACAGAUGGAGGAGCUGGAGUCCAUAAUGUCUCAAGACAUGGAUGUGAUGGACGACUGGUCCCCAGGCAACCGAGACCAGCCAACACCGCUCAAAGGCCAAAGUUCAACUUUACAGAAACACAGUACGGUGGAAGCUCAACCUUCAAGCAAGAGGUCGCGUGUGACUGUGGAGGUCGGAGGAGACGCCCAGCAGGCUUUGGUGGAACCAGAGAAGAAGAACCAACAACAAAAACCUCAGCCAUUUGUUGUCUCUGUUAAGAAAGAACUGACAGUCGCAUCAGAGAACAAAGCUCACACGUCCAGUGGAGCUGCAGACGCCGCCGCCAAAAACAGAAAACAAAAAUCAUCUUUGAUCGAGAAGGACAUUGAAGGUCCGAUUGAUUGUGAAGAGAAGAUUAACACACCAGUGGAACCAGUGAAGGUCAAACAGGAAGUCCAAGAUCCCAGGAUUGAUGAGAACCUUCCUAAAAACCUGCUGCUGGUGGAGUUUCGAUCCCUCACCGUGUGUGUACCGUCCCGAAACCAAGCAAAGCAGCCGCUCAGCAACAGCCACGCCAAGAACUUCAAACGUUUCCGCAAGUGCCGAGUUCCCGGAGUGGACGGAUCAGCAAAAGUCAUUGGACAAACCGACCUGCUGGUUCACAAUAGGAUUCAGAACAUGGAAGUGAAUGAGUGGUUGAAAGAAGCAGCUGAGGAGGAAAGUCAGAGCCGACGGGACCAGACGUUAGGAGACGACCUCUUCAGGUACAACCCCAGCAAACUAACCAGGAAGAUGAAGUCAUAAGAAGCUGUGGAAGAUAAUCCAGAACAAGAAGACGUCCAUAUACAACAAAAAAAUUAUGUUCUUUUGUUAUAAACGUGAUUAUAA